GACACCUCGUAUAAAAAUAAGACCGAAUUACGGUUCACUUUGCUGCACCGACACCUACAUUAUUUCAGACUGCUGCAAAGAUUUCAGUUCCGAUUAUAGCUUGCAGAAAAUGUCCCUUGCUCGCAUGUUCACACGGCUGCGUGGUACUGUGGAGCUGGUGUCUCGAGGGCAGAGUCUGGCCAUCGCGGGGUCUUGCCAUCUUCAAACCCAGAUAAACAACAACCGUCGCCAGCAUACGGCUCCGCAAACCAGCACGUGCAAGUGGCAGCUACGAGACGAUUACUUCGAGCUCAGUUAUGGUGGUGUUGUCAUGCACUUUGACUACGUGUGGCUGAGGGACCACUGCCGUUCUGCAUCCUGCUACAACGCUAAGACUAACCAGCGCAACCUGGACACAGCCAACAUAGAUCUCAGUAUUCGCCCGAUUAAGACCAGGGUGGACGAGGAAAAUCUGUUCCUCACGUGGCCUGAUGGUCAUGUGACACGCUAUAACCUGUCCUGGUUGGCCCAGAACAGCUACGAGGGUAAAAAACAGAGCGCCAUGCACCCGCGCAUCCUCUGGAACGUGGACACCUACACAAAAGCCCAGGUGCCCUCUGCCAGCUGGGAAAAGUUCAUGACCUGCAACGACGAGCUGAAGAAGUUUCUCAGCAACUUUCUGCUUUACGGCAUUGCUUUCGUCGAGGACGUCCCGGCGACGGAAGAUGCCACAGAAACAGUCACUCAUAGAGUCAGCCUCAUCAGGGAAACCAUGUACGGCCGGAUGUGGAAUUUUACCUCCGAUUUCUCCCGCGGGGACACGGCCUACACCAAACUAGCCCUGGACUGCCACACAGACACGUCAUACUUCCAAGAGCCCUGCGGGAUCCAGGUUUUCCACUGUUUGAGGCAUGAGGGCACUGGUGGAAGAACCCUGCUGGUGGAUGGGUUCCACGCCGCGGACAAGGUUCUGCAGCAGAACCCGGAAAACUUCGAGAUUCUGUCGCAUGUGCCCAUUAAGCACGAGUAUAUCGAGGGCAUGAGCGAGCACCAGAACCACAUGAUCGGCAUCGGGCCAGUCCUCAGCGUCUACCCGUGGAACAAUGAGGUCUACAUGAUCCGGUAUAACAACUAUGAUCGUGCUGUAAUCAAUACUGUUCCGCACGAUGUGGUCCAGCGCUGGUACGUCGCUCACCGGCAGCUGACCACAGAGCUUAGGAAAGAAGAGAACAGACUAUGGGUUAAGCUUAAACCUGGCAAGGUUCUCUUCAUCGAUAACUGGCGGGUGUUGCACGGGAGAGAAUCGUUCACUGGUCUGCGUCAGCUGUGUGGGUGUUACUUGACCCGGGACGAUGUUCUGAACACGGCUCGCGUGUUGGGGCUGCAUGCCUGAGCACCAAGUGUGUUGAGGGCCUACGUCAAAACAUCAUCCCCUUCAGCCCGGCACGGUUGAAAGGAACAAAGACAGUUAAAUGAAUGGGCACAGUCCUGCAGGGAUUUGCCACGGGGAUGCUUUCCCUCAAACUCUGCAGGUUUUUCUGUUAAUUGCACAAAUAGGAAGCAAACCUUUGGAUCGGAAAAAGACAUUCGU